AUGCACACAACCCGGGGAAGUACUUCUCUGAAGCCCAUCUCCGUCAAGGAGACGGCCAAAAACAUUGUGGACAUUGUGGUGGACCCGGACUGUGCUAAGGAUGUCUACGACCUAGGGGAUCAUGUCAAAGGCCACAUCCUUGUGGAACCGAAUUAUCGGCACAUUGCUUUCGAUCAGCUGCGACUUUUUUUUACCGGAACACAGUGGACUAUUCAUCGGCGGGCUGCACAACGUCAAAAGGCCACUUAUGUGUUUGUCAAGGAGGAAUUACGCAUGGAUGAAGAAUGCUUAGACACAGCUAAUGGAGAAAUAGUUCCUGCGUUGCCACCGACCGAUCCGGGGGAGUUCCGAAUAGGACAAAAAUACAGAUACAAGUUCGAGUUUCAUAUACCUGGAGAAAUUUCGGAGGCUCUGGACAACGGCAUAGCUCUGACUAAACGACUACCACCGAGUAUAGGAAGCAACUCCAUGUUCGAAGAGACUCAAGGAGAAGAUAUCCCGGGAAAGGUUGGUGGUAUUCAAUAUGAGGUGAGGUUUCAGAUCAUGGCUGAAAUCACCAUGCGAUUCUAUCUCUAUAUUAAGGUCAUCCCCGCAUACCCAGCUGCCGUACAUUCUCUCAACACAAAGUUCUUCUUGGAACCACAACCUUCGACAUUUAUUGCAGAGCGCAAGUUUGGAGGAGGGUUCUUGAAAAAGAAGCCAAUGACGUAUGUGAAGAUGGGUAUCAACACAACACCGAGUAUCGUGGCUGGAGGAGCACCUACUCUGUACCUUGUUCAUGUCUUGUCAGACAAGCCUCAGGUUCUCAAAAAGGCUUGGGCCACUGUCGAAGGUAUUACUUACUGUUCUCUGUCAGGAAUGCAGUUUAUCCCCUCAGACUUACUGGUGAAGCGUUACUCUGAUGUGCAAAGGAUAGAAGAGAUCAUUCAAAGAAGUAUGGUGGAUCUGAAGAUUGAUUGGAAUGACUCUGACUCGUCUGACUCGGAUUACCCCUACUGUUCGGCUGUUCUCGAGAUUCCAGUAUCAGCAUCAAAAACCAUUAUCCCUUCAUUCUAUUCAGCUCUCAUUUCGCGUCAAUAUCUCGUGCGCUUUGAUUUGGAGUUCGAGGUUGGAACAAUGUCUUUGACUGUUCCAGUAGAGAUCACCAAGCACAACAACAGAGACUACAUGGCCAAGCUAGAUAAAAUGAAGGCUGACACGGGACGGUUUGUGGGGGAUUUCGUGCCUGCAUACUCUGCCCAGGACCCUCGAGGAGAAAUCACACGAACAGAAAGCCUGAGAAGCGUCAUCUUGUCGCCCGAAAAGGAUCUUGAAAAACAGAUCGUAGAACAACAACGAUACAAGACAUUGGUGGAAAGAAGCAGCAUAUCCUCAACACCAGCCUCAGCAAAGUCUAGCCAUGUCAAUUUAUACUCCUUGAAUGGUCACCCCGGGGUACAAGCUUCACCACUGUCUGCUCCUAUGUGA